AUGGCUGAAAAACAGAAACGAGUAACAAAUCAUUCAUCGUUACCACCAGCUAUGGAUGAACUAAAUCAACAUUUCGAUUUACAUUGUCGUCGACUUCUUUCAAACUCAAUCGAUCAUUUACCUUCGUCAACAGAAUCUACACGUAAACGACGUUGUCCUCCCAUCGCUAAUGAGCAAAUCGAUUUCUUCAUCGAUCAUCCGCAUUCAGUAUACAAUCAUCACCUUCUCCCAUCAUCGACACCAACGUCAACAGCAAGUCGAAAACGUUUCCUAGAAGACGAUUCUCACAUUCAGUCUCCUGAUUUUCACGCCAAACGAACACGAUGCGAACAUCACAUUGAAUUAGAAAAUCAACCUCCAUCAACAGCAAUCAAACGUCGAUCGGUACUUUUGUAUCAUACAGGACAAGAUUGGAAUCAUUUACAAAUGACAAACGAACUACCUCCUACUUUCUACAAUCCUUUAUUACCAUCAUUAUCAGCCCCACAUGAAUAUGAACAAAAUCUAUCGAAUCAAUAUUCUUCUUCGAAUACACAUAACGAAUAUCUGACUAAUCAACAUUUACACAUGUUUGAAAACGAAACAUUAUUCACUACAGACUCAAAAAAUACAAUUCCAAAAUCAACUAAAACUAUGGUUACAAGUGACAACGUUCGAUUAUUUUCAUCGCAAUCAAAUGUAUUUAGUCCAUUACGUACGACAAACUUCGUUCUCGACAGCAAACAGCAAACCAUGAGUGCAACAAUCAUGCGCACAGGAAAUAUUUCACCUGCUCAUUCAGACACUUCAACUGAGUCGACGUCGACAUGUUCGUCGGAUGAUCAGCAAUUUCGUUGGAAUUUUCCCUCUUUUCACUAUCAUCAACCAUCACGUUCGUAUCGCGAACGUGAAAAUUACGAACAAUUACUAGAUCUAGCCGAGAAGCUGUCCGAUCCUAAUCGUUUCAAAUCAGUUGAUAUUGAACACUUCGCUUCGUAUCGAUACCGAUCCAUCCGAAAAACUGAUCUUUUAUCUUCAAAACAAACAGCUUGUGUCAUAUGUAUGUCUCAUUUUAAAGAUAAUCAACGUAUUCGAAUACUCCCAUGUCAACAUGAAUAUCACUCGAAAUGUAUUGCAAGAUGGUUUACAAUGAAUUCUUCAUGUCCCAUAUGUCGACGAGAUAACUUUCUCUCAAAUCACUAA